GCUUGCAACCCUAGCCCGAACAAGCAGAACCAGAUUCUACCUGAGCCGAGCCUUGGGUCGUUGGUCGCGACAAAAGCCGUCUUGGCCCCGAAUUGCCCUCGCACAAUGGCGAACGUGAUCCGUGGCCAAUUGGACCAGAUUCACAAAAGGGUGGGAACUUGGUUCCGAAGACUCCCUCUCUCUGGCCUACUUUUUGCCCAGGGGCAAGUCGUCGGGGCUUGGCAGACCUUGGCUGGCCGUUUGUCUCUGCACUGUUAUGUGCCAGUCGCAGAGGCCCUGCAAGGGAAUGCGGCGAGAGAGCACGUCCCUACGCUUCUUCCAGGGAAGGGGUGCUUAGGUCGGCUACGAAGUAAAGGGAUGGUAGCGGCGGAGCGACGUCGACGAUGUCGGUGUGAGAGAAAUUCUUGGUGGGCCCCAAUCGGGGUUGGACUACGCACUCGUGCUGCCCUUCCGGCGAGUGCGCGCGCGAUGUUGUGUGCCGAGAGGACAAGAGAGAGAGGGAGAGAGACGGAGGCGAAAUACUCUCCGCCCAGCGUAUUAUGCCCGCCCGCCCAGAGCUGACGUCGUGUUUUGUCAGAAAGGUGAACAGCCUUGUUGAAAUUGUUCUUCUUUCUGCCCGUCGAGCCGUCGUCUUGACGUUUGUCUUUGUCGCCGCCGCUGAUGAUCGUCAAGAAAGCGACGUUGGGGCUCUCCUGCUCUGGCGAUGUGAGGGUCGAAGGUCCACUUCACCCCGUCCAAAGCGGGCGCACUUCCCAGCUCUGCCUCGUCUAAUGCAGCGGUUUGCAGUGUUGUGCGCCCGGGAGACUCCAAA